AUGACUCAACCAAGCUAUUCGAGCAAGACCUUGAGCAAAGGGAUCCACGCCUUGGUAGGAGGCUCAGGCACCCCAAUCGUCUGUAUUCCCGGCUGGCCACAAACGGCAGAAGCUUUCGCGGACGUCUUCCCACUCCUGGCCAGCGAGCAUCGCGUAUUCGUGCUUGACGCUCCCGGUCUCGGCAACUCCGCACCAAGCACUGAAGGAUACACCACGAAGGCCAUCAGCACGACCCUCGCCGCCGCCGUGGAGGCAGAGCUUGGAGAAGGCACGCGCUAUCACCUCGUCGGCCACGACGUCGGAGCUUGGGUCGCCUACCCCUGGGCCUGUCAAUUUCCGUCUUCUCUUCUGAGCGUCACGUUCAUCGACGCCGGCAUCCCCGGCCGGACGAUCACGAUCCCCUCGCCCCUUCUCCCCGACGAGGCGAAUCUCAAACUCUGGCAAUUCUCAUUCAACCGACUGCCCGAGCUGCCAGAGAUCCUGACCCAAGGCAAAGAGCGCGAACUCCUGGACUGGUUCUUCGAUCUCAAAUGCGUCCACCCGGAACGCAUCACGCGCACGAAGCGAGCCCGCUACGUCGAAUCUUACAGCAGACCGGGCGCCAUGACGCAUGGGUUCAAUUAUUAUCGCGCUUUCCCAGAGAGCGCGCGCCAGUACGAUGAAGAAUUCAGCAACUCGAAAAUCGCGGCCCCGGUACUCGCUGUGGGCGGCCAGAAAGCCAUGGGUGAGGCGAUGAGGGGUGUUCUCGGAUUGUCCACUGCGAGCGAGCAGUCUAAGCUGGUCAUCGUGGACGACUGUGGGCAUUUCGUACCGGAGGAGCAACCAGAGGUCACCGCUAGGGAGAUUCUGACAUUCGCUCGCUAUGCUGAAAGGGCGUCUGGACAUGUAAUGUAA